UAAAGCGCUUGACAUCUCUAGCUGUCGUGUCGUUUUCAUUUGCGGCGUAGUGAAUGACGUGAUAUCCCGUUUAUUUUAGCGGAGGACAUGCGUUUAUGGGUAGCGCUUUGUUGAGCGGGAUACACGGCUGCAAUAAUACACCAAUAACAACUGAGAGUGAGGCAUUGAGAGAGGACGAUUACAGUGGAUUUAAUGACACUCCAUCAAAGCAUCAUAUUCUGAUCAGACCAGACAUGAAUGGAUACCUGCCGCCGCAGUUUCACAUGAUGACAGAUCAUAAGAAGUUUUGUCAAGACAAUUCGCAGACGAUGGACCAAGGCACGCCGUACAGUAUAAACAUGAAUGUUUUCUUACCUGACGUCACCUACUUACGGACUGGCAUGUGCAGGCCUGUGAGGUCUACAGUGCCGCAGAUAAAGACAGAACCUCUGGAUUCGUCUUUCAAUUACUCCAGUUGCCAUGGUUCUCCCGCGCCCGCUGUGACCCACCCAGAGUAUCCAAACCUCUACAGCCCAGCUGCAGAAACAGGUAGCAGCAUUUACAUCAAGCAGGAGAUGCCAUCCCUUGAAUUUCCAGAGGUUCCAUUGUUUCAGCUGUUGAAUUCUGAGCUUGACCCAAAUGUGUCUGGAGCCCACUCUUGCGCAGAUUCCCCCAAUGCCGGAUGUCCACAAAUGUCAACAUAUAACAGCAUUCAUCCAUCACCCAGUCAUAAUUUAGAGAGAUCUCUAUGUAAUAUGGGCAGCAGCAGAUAUUCCCUACCUUCCCAGUUGGGCCAGCAUCCUUUGAAGAGGACUGCAUUUCUUCUACCACCCUCCCCUCCUAACUCAGAACCCGGCAGCCCAGACAGAAGGAAAGAACUCAUACAGAACAUGUCGCCACCUCCAUCCUAUGCUGUCAGCAUGGCCUCUAAAAUGGCAGGUGUUACCCCAGAUACAGGGCCAACUCUGUCUGUCCAAACACAAGCAGUACCAGCCCAAUAUAACCGCCGGAAUAAUCCUGAUCUAGACAAAAGAAGGAUUCAUCACUGUGAUGUACCAGGAUGUAAGAAAGUCUACACCAAGUCCUCACAUUUGAAGGCCCAUUUACGGACACACACAGGUGAAAAGCCAUACAAAUGUUCAUGGGAGGGGUGCGACUGGCGUUUUGCCCGUUCCGACGAGCUAACGCGGCACUUCAGGAAGCACACGGGGGCCAAACCUUUCCAGUGCACCGUAUGUAGCCGUUGCUUCUCCCGAUCGGACCACCUGGCCCUCCACAUGAAAAGACACCAGAACUAGAGGCGCCCAGUUGCAUUGUUCUGACGGUGCUGCGGGAGGGCUAUCAGGAGCUCUGUUGAUGAUACUAAUUAGGUUUUGGGUGUGUUGGUUAAUCUUGAGUUUUGGCAGUUUAUCAGGUACAUCAUGACCAAACUUUGCCACCAGUAUGGCUUAUGUGGUCACAAAACCAGCUAAUUGAUGAGAACUUAGCUCAUCUGCCAGUUGAGACAUUCUUUUGACAUGAUUGUUUGUGUUGUUUAUCUGCAUAAGUCAUUAUUUUUGACCUAACUACUUUUUAAUGUGCCUUUUUCCUUGUAGAAUUUAGGUAAAUUUUUCAAAAGCUUAUGGGCAAUUUUACAACUCUUUAAGUGACUACUACUGAUUGUAUCACAAGGAACAUUUUUAUCAAGAAUGAGCUCUGUUACUUAAAAGUCAAGAGUCUGUUUGGUUGUAGAACCAAACCCCAGAACAGUCAUGAGAAUGUGAGCUGCAAAUUUUUCCAAAAGCAGCACUUGAUAAGAAACCGUGCUUCAAAAACUUUAUGGGAGCCACCAGGUAAAUCAAAAAUUUAAUUAAGCUUCAGAACACCAAAGAAUAAUGAACUGGAGUUAAUCCAAAUUCUGAUAUGAUCCAAGGAUGAUUUGCUUUACAUUAACAAAGUGUUUGAAAAUGCGCAAUUUGAAGUUUGAUUGAACUCUUUUGUGGCAAUUCGUGUAUUUUACUGAAAUGCAAUAAGUGGUACAAAUGCGUAUUUUCCUGGCAAGAGGACAGGGCAGAUAGCAAUUACUUCCAUAGUUAUUUGUUCAGUUUUCCUUACUAUGCAUUUGUUUGGGAUACAUUAUAGCUUUAAAUGUACAUAUUGUAAUUCCUCUGGUCUGUAUUUAUUUAGCACAGAUUUUCUUUUUUUCUAUUUUAUAAAAUGUAACUCAACUCUCAUAUAAAAUGUGCGCCGGGUUAUGGGGAAAUGGUUUUAGAUAUCUUUGUUCGAACUAAUAGUGUCUAUAUGGCUGCAUUAGGCUGAACAAUGCGGCAGCUGAUUGUUUACAUUACUUUGUUUAGCUUACGGUGUGUUACAUCUGUAUGUGUGGCCUCAUAAAACCUCUUAUUUUCCAUUACAGUGAUCAAAAUGUUUUCAGCCUUAUUUUUCAGAGAUGCUGCAUUGUAAAUGCAUAACAGGAGAAACUCAGAUGAAGAGCUGAUGUUGUUUUUGAGAUGGAAGCAUAUAGAUUGGGAACAUAUGGAGUUUGAGGUAAUGUAAUACCUCAGUGUGAAGAGAAUGUGACUCAAAGUGCUGACAUUUUGGGGUAUAGCGCUGUUCAAGAUAAAACUUGUUCAACUAUUGUAAAGUUCUCCAUUUUGUGACCAAAACAAAAAUGAAAAACUGUAAUGGCUGUAAUUUAAAGUUAAGUUUCAACUGUUAAGGAUUAAAAUGUUACAACACUCCCACUAAUAGUGGUAAUUUCCAGCACUUAGAGGAGUACAGUCAAUGUUAAAAACAUCAUUAUCGUUAUUAAAAUUAGAGGUAUUUAAACAUGCACACAGUAAGCGUCAGCCUGUCUGGUAAAACUGGAGUGUCCUGCUGUCCUGGGCCUGGCCACAUAUGACAUGAUUAUGUGAAUCAUUGUAGGUGUAGUGGAUUAAAUUGUAACUGGAUUAAUCUAAUACAGUUGUUAAUACGAGCUGUCAAAUUUUGUCAAGCCACUGAAUUACAAGUUGGUGUUCUUGCGUGGUAACGCCCAAUUAAAAGUAUACUUUAAUUAUCUUGUCUGUAUACAAAUCACUCAACACCUGGUGACAGCAGAAUUUAGAGCGUGGACCACAGUGAAUGACCUCAGUCAAGAUAAUAAUAUGAUGUUUUUUUUUAUCAUUGAUAAGUGUGUAUGUUGUUUUAUGAAUUCGAUUUUACGCAUGCAACUGCUCAAUUCAACAUCUAAGUAUUGUGAAAUAUAGCAGUACAA